AUGUGCUUCUCUAGUUCUAAUGAUAUAAACGGUACAUUAGCAUUAACAAUUGGAGGAGAAAUAGCAGGUCCCUUUGUUCCUUGGCUAGAAGCUGCCAAGAAAAUAAUCGGUGAAAUCACUAAAAUUUUUAGAAAUGCUCAGUAUAACCAAAAAACUUGUAAAGUUCUAGUAAAGCGUGUUAAUGCUAUUUCAGAUGUUAUUGAAAAACUAAAUAAACAGAAGGAAGAGAACGAGAAAUUUCGUGAUCAAUCCUAUUAUAAUGCUUUCGUUCGGUUUGUCAGAAUAUUAAAAGAAAUUAAGGAAUUUAUUCAAGAUGUUUCUCAACUUAAAGGUCAACGAAAGUAUGCACAUGGCUCUGCUAUUAAAGAUCGUUGUAAAGAUCUCAUAGAGGAAUUUGAAGAUUGUUGCAGUAGUAUACAAUUUAUAAUCGUAAUUUCUCAAGAAGAUCGAGAAAAGGAAGAUGUUUACCUUGAAGAGGAUGUUAUUGCUAUGCGAAAGUUCUUAGAGUCAAUUGGACAAGGAGCAACUAUAAUAGAUGAAGAAAAUGGCAUAAAACUUGAUUUAGUUUUUGAUGAAGUAUCAGAAAUGCAAAAAAAGGUCAAGAAAAGUGAAAAUGACGAAUUACUGACAGCACCACAAAUACUUCCAACUGAUUUAACUACAAUUGGAAGAAAAGUAGAAAGGGGAAAAAUAUACAAACAAAUAUUAAGACAAGCAGUUCCUGUAGCUUGUAAACCUGUUGUAAUACCUGAUAAUUCAAAAGCCAGAAAGAUUAAAGGUCAAUUAGCUAUUCUAGAACGAUUACAUUCAUCAAAUAAUAUAAUCAAAUUUCACGGAGUUGCUACUAUUAAUGGUCGUCAACAUAUAAUAUUAGAUUGGGCUGAACACGGAAAUUUGAAAGAAGUAUAUUCAAGAGAAUUUUUAGAUUGGACAAUCAAAUUGAAAUUAGCUCACGAAAUAUGUAACGGUCUAGUAUUUUUACAAGCAUGUGAUAUUUAUCAUCAUGAUAUACGUUGUGAAAACAUUUUGAUAACUGGUGACACAAUUUAUGAAGCAAAAAUUGCAAACUUUUACCUUAGUCGUGAUAUUGCACAAAUUAGUCACGGAAUACAGAAUUUAGCUGGUAUAAUUCGAUGGUUGGCCCCCGAAAAAAUGCCUAAAGGCAAUAGUCCAAUAAAGGAACCAUAUACAUUUAAAUGUGAAAUCUUUAGUUUUGGAAUGUUACUGUGGGAGCUCGCCUUUCAAAAAUUUCCAUACAAGUCAAUGCAAAUGCAAGAGAUUACUGAACAUGUUUUGGCUGGAAAAAGAGAAGAAUUAGACUUUAGUUCUACUGAUUCAUCAGAAAUAAUAAUGAUAUUCCGUGGUGUAAUUGAAGCUUUGAUUAAAGACUUGUUCCGAAUCUUUUCGGAAAGCCGUCCCGAUUUUGAAGAACAACCCGAAAUUGAAUAUAAACUUUUAGAACCCGAUGAUACUGAAAAUAAUGAUUUAUUGGUUCAAUCAUUAUCUUUAAAACCCAUACCUUCACUUGAUGAAGGUAUUGCAGCCCAUAAAAGAAAUGAACAUGAAAAAGCAUGGGAAUGUUUUGAAAUUCAUGCUCAACUUGAUGAUCCAAAAGCUAAAUAUUGGAUGGGAUAUUAUUUAUGGGAAGGUUUUUAUAAACAAAAAGACCCUGAAAGAGCGAAAGAAUUGUUUAAAGCAGCAGCAGAUGCGGGUGUUGCUGAUGCUCAGCUUCGUUACGCGUUUGCUGUAUCAAAAGAUAAUUUUUCAGAAUUUCUUAAAUAUUUAGUUAAAGCUGCUGAUAGUGGUAACCCUACAGCUUUAUUUAAUAUUGCUGAUAUUCAUAUAAAAGGAAGAAUUGGUAUUGAUAAGAAUGCAAAGAAAGGAUUACAAUAUUUGAGAUUGGCAGCUUUGAAAGGUCAACCUAAAGCUAUUGAAGCACUAAAAAAAUAUGACUUAAGUUCAAUACAAGCGCCCAUUAAUGGGACACCUGAAGAUUACAUCAAAUAUUUAUUCGGAAGACAAUCCAGAGCAAAGACCAACCAUAGAAAAUAUUUGUGA